AUGGACUCGUCCGGCGACGGAGCGAUCAACUUUGAUGAGUUUUCGAAGCUCGUGGCCUCGCCGAAGCUCAAAUUCUGGAUGAGCCAGUUGGAGUUAGAAUACCAUGACCUCCUCAGCCUCUUCGAGUUCCUCGAUAAUGGAACCGGCCAAAUCACGUUAACCGAGUUCAUCGAUGGUGCUGCCAAGCUCCGGGGAUCUGCAAAGGCCAUUGACAUCUGGCGGAUCGAGACGAAGGUGGAACUUCUCUUUGAGGAGGUCUUGUCCAGUCUGGCUUCGGCAAGUCAUCACGGCCUGCGAGGAGGCAAAUCGUCAACCGUAGAGGAUGCCUUUGCCAAUUCCGAUUUCCGGCAUAUCAAGAGCACGCGCCAUGCGCGGCAAUCCGGCGGAGAGCUCGCUGCUGCCCUUGAUGCCAAUGGCACGGGUUCGGGCGGCUUAACCGACCUGUAG